CGCUGCAGAGCCCGGCGAACCGCCCGCCCCGCAGCAGGGCACCAUAGUUGAAUGUCUCAUAGUGCUCCUGCUGGGAAAUGCUGAUGGCAGGCGUCCAGACAGCUGAGCCCCACUAGAUAUCAAGAAAGCCCAUGCCUCUGGCCGCACCUUUCAACAUGACCAAUCCACAGCCUGCCAUAGAAGGAGGAAUUUCCGAAGUUGAGAUCAUCUCCCAACAAGUAGAGGAAGAAACCAAGAGCAUUGCUCCCGUGCAGCUGGUGAACUUUGCCUAUCGGGAUUUGCCCCUGGCUGCGGUUGAUCUCUCCACAGCGGGCUCGCAGCUCCUGUCAAAUCUGGAUGAAGAUUACCAAAGAGAAGGGUCUACCUGGCUGAAGCCGUGCUGUGGGAAGAGAGCAGCCGUGUGGCAGGUAUUUUUGCUCAGUGCGAGUGUCAACAGUUUCCUGGUAGCCUGUGUAAUAUUGGUGGUGAUUCUCCUGACUCUGGAACUUCUAAUAGAUAUAAAGCUUCUCCAGUUUUCCAGCGCCUUCCAGUUCGCCGGUGUGAUCCACUGGAUCAGUCUGACCAUCCUCUCCGUGUUCUUCUCAGAGACUGUUCUGCGAAUUGUGGUGCUUGGGAUCUGGGAUUACAUCGAAAACAAAAUAGAGGUGUUUGAUGGGGCCGUGAUCAUCCUGUCCUUGGCCCCGAUGGUGGCUUCCACUGUGGCCAACGGGCCCAGGAGCCCCUGGGACGCCAUCAGCCUCAUUAUUAUGCUCCGGAUCUGGCGGGUGAAGAGGGUCAUUGAUGCCUACGUCCUGCCCGUGAAGAUGGAGAUGGAGGUGGUCAUCCAGCAGUACGAGAAGGCCAAGGUCAUCCAGGACGAGCAGCUGGAGAGGCUGACACAGAUCUGUCAAGAACAAGGGUUUGAGAUCCGGCAGCUGCGGGCGCACCUGGCGCAGCAGGACCUGGACCUGGCGGCCGAGCGCGAAGCGGCGCUGCGGACCCCGCACGUGCUCAGCCAGCCGCGCGGCCGCUACCAGGUGCUGGAGGCCGGCGCGUGGGCCGAGGAGACGGCGGCCGCCGGCGUCAUCCAAAAGUUGUCCAUUGGCCAGCCCAGUCAGAACGCCACGGUGCAAGAUGACAUGAACAGCUACAUCAGUCAGUACUACAACGGGCCCAGCAGUGACAGUGGUGUCCCAGAGCCAGCCAUGUGCCUGGUUACCACAGCCGCCAUAGACAUCCACCAGCCCAACACUUCUUCCGACCUCUUCUUGGUGGACGUGCCCUUGAAAGCUGGCAGCAACGGCACCUGUGCCAGCGCCACCUCCGAGAGUGCCUCGCGUUGGGUCCACAGCUCUGGCACCCAGGCCCAGAGCGAUAGCAGCCUGACGCUGGGCUCCUCCAGCGACUACAGCCCCGCCCGCGACCAGCCAGCCUCCGAGCCUAGUCCCUCUCCCCGGCCACUGCCGCAGCCACCCCAGCUGCCCAUGGGGGACACCAGAGCUCCGGACCUGCUGUCGUCCCCAUCGGAGGACCCCGGCCCACCACAGAGGGCCUUGGUCCCUGCCUCCAGGCCUAGGCCCAACCCUGCAGGCUCAGCCCCUACCAGUCCUGAGCCGGAGCACCGGGUCAGGCCAUUCCACCAGAACCAGGAAGGCUUCACUGUCUUCCAGAUCCAGCCCAUCCUCCCCUUCCAGCCCCCAGAGAAGCUCAGAUGUUUAGAAUCCAAAGAACAAAAGCUGCACAGGGUCCCUGAAGCCUAAGGCAGGCUGGGUGGGAGGAGGGAAGCUCUCCCAGGGCCCCAGAUGCCUUGUGGCCACAUGCCAGGGCUCAGGGGCACCCUCAGGGUGUUGCCUGCCUCCAGGGCAGAGAUGCCAGGGCAGGAGGCCACCAGCCUCAGACCUCAAAGCCCAGAGCUGGUGCCCGUCUCACCCUGCUCGGGAGGGGGUGCUCAUGGCUGGGUUGUUUUUUAAAACCAUUUUUACAAAAACCAGCCCAUGGCCCGGCUUCAGCAGGGUAGAGCUAGGGCCCAGCUCAGCCUCUUUUGUUGCCUUCGUUCCUGCCGAGUCCCCGGGAGCCUCGGGAGCAGCACUGUGAGCAGGGGCAGCCCAGCCCCCCCAACCGUCUUUCCCAGGAGCCCCCGGGGGAGCCAACGCCAUCCCUUGAAGACCACCACCUGGACCCACAUCACUCGUCCCCAUUCUCACUUCAGCAUGAGUGUUUCUGAGUCUUUUCAAGACGAAUUUUGUUUUCACCAUCACAGAACAUGAAGGUUGGAUCUGGAGACAGGGAGGGGGCCGGGGGCCGGGAGGGGACAGUCGUUUUCCAAUCUUGGCUUUAAUAAUAAAAACCAGCU